AUGGCACCAUCCUACCAAUUAUCGACCACAGACAUCUUCCUGUUUCUUGUCGCCAUCUUUCUUAUUUACAAGAUCUCGACAAAUCGCAAGAACAGCGUUACCACCAAACUACGAGGUCCUCCGAAUCAAAGCUGGCUUUUUGGUCUCAUUCGCGUCCUUCGUAAUGCGGAUGACCCGGGUCUCUUGUAUGAGCAAUGGGCAUCAGAAUACGGUUCUGUCUACAGUUUCCCUGGAUUUCUCGGAGAGCAAAGACUGGUUCUUUACGAUCCGAAGGCCGUGGCGAACUUCUAUGGAAAGGAGGGCUUCGGGUACAUCAAGACGCCCAUUUCCCGCAUGUUCAUUGAGACUCUCUUUGGGAAGAAUUUAUUAUGGGCAGAGGGGGAACUUCAUCGAAGGCGAGGGUCCUUCCUUAUCACGUCGUACGACGCCAUACGGGAUCUGACACAUGUUUUCUAUGACUCGGCUCACAAGACGUCCUCUGCGUGGGAUGCCAUUCUUGAGGCAAGCGAUGGGACAUCCAUAAUCGACGUGCAAAAAUGGAUGAACCGCAUCUCAAUGGAUAGCAUUGGUAUCGCAGGGUUCUCUCAUGACUUUGGUGCUAUCGACGGGAAACCUCAAAUUUUCGACGACUUGGACUUGAGCAGUGGUACAGCCUUUUUCGCCUUCAUGAUCAUUGCGAGUACCAUGUUUCCUGCCAUUCUUCGCUUGCCUUCCAAGAAGAAAGAAGGCACUAUCUGCUAUGAACCCGAACAUGGGAACGACGAGGACAAAUCAGUAAUGGGUCUCCUACUCAAGUCUGAGACAGAUGAUGCCGACAUUCACAUGUCCCGGGAAGAGAUCAUAGCACAGUCUGCGUGGCAGAUGAAUUUGUUCUUACUCGCGGGGUAUGAAACGACGAGUAUUAGUCUGACGUGGGCCCUCAUUGAACUGUGCAAGAACAUCGAUAUCCAAAAUAAGCUCCGCACAGAGCUAGUGCAAUUCGGCAACACUGAUCCAACGUGGGAGCAGCUCAACUCUGGUCUUCCAUACCUUGACGCGGUCGUACACGAAACUCUACGUAUGCACCCCCCGGUAUUUGAAUCUGUGAGGGUGGCAACAGAAGACGGCGUCCUUCCUCUCGCUACACCCGUGGUGACCAAGUCUGGAAAGACAAUUAACAGCCUUUUCGUCGCCAAAGGGACAGUUGUCUCCGCCCCAAUUCGGGCGCUGAAUAGAUCGGAAGAAUUCUGGGGUCCCGACGCGAAGGAGUUCAAACCAGAGAGAUGGCUGGAGGACAGUGCGCCGAGAGCGAAGGAGAUACAGGGUCAUCGACACCUCUUGACAUUCAUAGAUGGUCCGAGGACGUGUCUUGGGAAGACGUUUGCCCUGACUGAGUUCAAAGCUGUGCUCUUUGUCAUCGUUCGGAAUUUUUCUUUCGAGUUCCCUGGUGGAAGUGAUGCUGCUAUCGGAAAGUAUACGGGGAGUAUCUUGCCUAGACCGAAAGUCGUCGGCGAAGAGGGUGCCAAGAUUCCGUUAAGGGUGAGGAGAGUAUGA